AUGAUGCGGUUGCGUGGGCUCUAUGGAGGUCUUCCUCUGUCCGUGUACGCAUGGAUUGCGCAGGAAGUCGCAUUCCAUGCCGCCGGCCUCGCGUUCGAAUGGUGUGACCGCACCGGCGCAAUGAGGCGCCUCAAAGUCCGCAGCUCCGGGCGCAAGCCGUACCUCCAGCUUCUACCCAAGGUCCUGCUCAACCAGUUCCUGAUCCUUCUGCCCGCCAUGGUCCUAGCAGAAGCGACAGGACUGUGUUUUACCGGGUCCGCGCGGCUGUCCCCACUGCACUUCCUCCUCUCCCUCCCUGCGAUGGCUGUCGGCCACGACGUGGUCCAGUACAUCGCCCACCGUCACCUGCUACACAAUCCGGCCAUAUACCUCAUGCGCACCCUAAAACACUCCGUGCAUCAUUCCACCAGCGCCAGUCGAGGCAUCAGCGCCUGCUACAUGUCCGGCGCAGACUUCUUCCUUGAGAUCGUGCUACCGUACCUCAUCCCUCUCAUGCUAGUCGGAGGAGGCGGCGCUGAUGUGCGCUUUCACCUUUUAAUCGCGAGUCUCGGCGCCAUCGGCGGUGUCUACGAACAUUCGGGAUACGAUCUGGCUGUGUUGGUGCAGGGCGCGUCUCCUUCACCAACACCUAGCCUUUUCGCGCGCAUUUUUGACGGCCUUGUCAACAACCGCGCGCACGGCGCUCACCAUUCCCGAUCGAACGUCUCCUUCUCCGAUGGAUUCGGCAGCCCUGGAAUCUGUGAUACACUCUUUGGGACACGAUGGGACAUAGUGGCAAAGCGGCGGGAACUAGCGGAGAAAGAGUGGAAAGCUCAGCGCGCGAAGCACGAGCAGAACGGCAACGGCAAGACUGCCUGA